AUGGACCUUACGCUCCCGGAAAGCGGCUGGACGAUUCGUUUGGUAGCGCUGGGCAUCAUCACGACUUUGGGCGCCUCGGUUCCGGUUGGUUUUAGCAUUGGCGUCAUAAAUGCACCCUCCGAGUAUAUCAAACAGUGGAGCAACGGCACCAUUGUUCGAAAGUAUGAUGUACAGCUAUCCGAUGGUGCCCUGAGCGCAUUGAUCGCAGCGAUCGUGUCGAUUGCACUGAUCGGUGGUGUAAUAGGAUCACUUGGAGGGGCUUAUUUGGCCGAUAAGUACGGAAGGAAAAAAUCAUUCCUGAUCUGCGCACUUCUACUGACGGCCGGCUCCGUGUGCUUCGUGUCCUGCCGGAUCGCUGAAUCGGUAGAACUGUUGCUUCUAGGAAGGCUUCUUGUAGGACUGGCCGCGGGGUUGACCACGAGCGUCAUUCCGAUGUACCUGGCCGAAGCCUCUCCGAUGAAACUCCGCGGAGCCAUGGGUGUACUCUGCCCGCUAGGCCUAACGGUCGGGGUGGUCAUUGGCCAGGCGGCAAGCUUGGAGCAGGUGCUGGGUACUGAAGCCCACUGGCACUACGCGCUCAGUUGCGUGGCGGUUUUGAAUUUUACCGCCUACGGAUCUUACUUCUGGAUACCGGAAAGUCCAAAGUAUUUGUACAGCGUCAAGGGUGACCAGAUCGGAUCGUUGCGGGCCAUACGGAAGCUUUUCGGACGUCACGCCAUCGGUGACGAUUACAUCAAGCUGCAGGUGGAGUGUGCAAAUGGUGGUUCUCCGGUGGAUGACGGUCAGCCCCAAGCAGCCCGUUCGCUUUGGUCCGUACUGCGCGAUCCAGCACUCACGCUACCACUGAUUCUCGUGUGCGCACUUCAAGGUGGCCAACAGCUUUCGGGAAUUAAUGCGAUUUUCUUUUACUCGGUAUCCAUCUUCGAGUCCGUGGGAUUCAGUUCGACGGAGGCCAAGUUCGCCAACUUGGGUCUCGGUUGUAUCAACUUAGUUGCCUCGUUACCCUUACCGCUCCUGAUGGCCCGCUGUAAUCGUCGCUUUCUUGCGCUGUUGUCCUGCUCGUCAUGUGCCGUCACAUUGCUCAUUCUCACCAUGUCCAUAUACUUUAUUGACUCCAUCUCUUGGUUUUCUCACCUCUGCAUUGGAUCGAUGCUGCUGUACAUUAUUUUCUUUCAGAUCGGCCUCGGGCCCAUUCCAUUCUUCAUAGGAACCGAACUUUUCGAACUUGGUCCCCGACCGACUGCUAUGGCCAUGGGUAGUCUUUCCUCGUGGGGAUGCAACUUCAUCGUCGGAAUGGCAUUUCCAAGCCUUCAACACGCCUGGGGUGCUCUCGUGUUCGUGCCAUUCUCGAUCACGUGUGCUGUACUGACUGUGCUGGUUCGGUGCUAUCUUCCGGAAACAAGAGGAAAAGCAGUAAGCGAUGUUGCCGAGAAAGUAUCCCAUGGUUUACGCUCCACUGUUAAUUAA